AUGAGACUCAUCGCCGGGUACCCAGUGUUAGCAGUAACCGUGGUAACUGACCUGGUGUUAACAGUAACCAUGGUGACGGACCCUUGGGGAGAGCGGGACAAAGAGACGGGCCAGACAGAAAUUCCUCCCUCUGUAAACGUAUGGGGGGGUAUUCCCCACCCUCAGGCCUGGCCCUCUGUCCCCCUCCCCCACCUUGACCCCCUGACUACAGCCACUAGGACCCAUCUCCCUCCUCCUUUUCCAGUCUUCCACACUCGUCAUGCUGAGCAGAGUGCCGAGCGACCACGCUUGGUCACUGUGGUCCGACCAUGCGGUCACAGCACCCUCAGGAAGGUGACAUUGCUGUUGAACCGUAGGAGCGUGGUCUCGUACGAGCAGCUUCUAUUGGACAUCUCCGAGGCGCUAGGGUUCCCUCGCUGGCACAGGGCCAGAGUCACACGCCUCUACACACCACACGCACGAGAGGUGCGGGGUGUGUGUGAUUUCUUCCGUGGCGAAGCAGCGUUCCUGGCAUUGGGAAAGUCUCGUCCAGAGCUCCGGAGUGUCGAGGAGGCCCUGGAGGAGCUGUUUCCACAACAUUCCUGUUACCGCAACGACGCACUCCGGGCCUGGGAGAGGAGGUUACAACCUUCACCUGAUAAAGCUGCCAAGGCCGACAGCGGAUACAGCGAGGGGACAGACAUACACACACACCCUGACAAGGAUACACACACAAGCCUCGACACGAACACACAGACAUACAGUGUUACAUACACACAGGGAUGCCACCUGGACACACACACACAUACUCACCAAGACACACUGACACAACCCAAUACACACCCAAAAACACUGACACACCACAAUACACACCCAAACAGGCGCUCCACACACAAAAACAAACACCCAACUAGACAGCCCAUACAUCCUAUUCACACACACCUCGACACGGAUGCGCACACACAUACACACCCUAACACGCAUUCUAACCAACACUCCACACACCCCUCUCACCCCGCCAAUCACCUUCAGAGGGUCAAAGUGAAAGUUGCAGCCAGAGAGAUUCUCUCCUCACCGAUAGGUCCCUCCACCCAGGAGGAGGAGCUAGGAGAGGAGCUAGACACGCCCCCUCCUCCACUCUGCAGGAACUGUAAGCCUUCUGAAGGACCCAAUCCGAGAGCAGGGAGGGCUCCACUUCCUCCCGUGACCAGGAAGCAAACAGGAAACGGACCAAACAACCAGGAAGUAGAGAAACCUCACGUCGGUCCCACCCCACUCCACACUGGACCAAUCUGCAGGCUUGAGCAGGAGUCCUUCAGCCAAUCAGAACCUUCAUCCUCAGCUUCUAAACAGGAAGAGGCGAGGACUAAACAGGAAGUGAUAUUUGACCUCCCAUUUGAUGGUAGUGAUGUCACCCUGUCAGACAUUGAGCGUUGCUAUGACAUUGGACGCGUGGUCGGAGACGGGAACUUUGCUGUUGUGCACGAGUGUCAUCGGCGCGACAAUGGGGAAGCCUUCGCUGUGAAGAUUGUGGAGCACUCAAAGCUCAUUGGCCGAGAGCACAUGAUGCAGAAUGAGCUGAGCCUUCUGGGUAGCCUGUCACACCCCCGCGUGGUUCGCCUCUUCACACACCACCACACACACACACACUCCUAUCUCGUCAUGGAGAUGGUUGCCGGGGGCGACCUGUUUGAGGCAAUCACGGUCCGUGGGAAGUUUCCGGAAGAGGAGGCAGGGCUGAUGGUGUGUGACGUCAGCGAGGCUCUGAGAUACAUCCACAGCAAGACCAUAGUACACAGAGAUCUGAAACCUGAAAACCUACUGGUGGAGUGCAGUAGUCAUGGUGUCAGUAGGUUGAAGCUGGGUGAUUUUGGACUGGCCAUGGUUGUAACAGAACCCAUCUUCACUGUGUGUGGAACUCCCACCUAUGUCGCCCCGGAGAUCCUCUCAGAGACAGGGUAUGGUCUGCCAGUAGACCUGUGGGCAUUGGGAGUGAUACUGUACGUCCUUCUCUGUGGAUUCCCUCCGUUCCGGAGCAGAGACCGAGACCAAGGGGAGUUGUUCCAGAUGAUCAGAGAGGCUCACCUCACCUUCCUGUCACCUUACUGGGAUGACAUCUCAGACGGAGCGCGAGGCCUGGUGAGAGCCUUGCUGCAGGUGGAUCCAACAGAAAGACUGACGGCAGUUCAGACUCUGAUGCACCCCUGGAUUCAGACCACUACUGACCAGUACAGACCAACACAGACCACUACUGACCAGUACAGGCCAACACAGACCACUACUGACCAGUACAGACCAACACAGACCACUACUGACCAGUACAGACCAACACAGACCACUACUGACCAGUACAGACCAACACAGACCACUACUGACCAGUACAGACCAACACAGAUCAGUGCUGACCAGCAGAGCCCAGCACAGCCGAGCAAAGUCCAACACAGACAUGAACCGAUCAGUGCAAACCAGCAGAGCCCAGCAAAGACCAGUACAGAACACUACAGACCAGUACAGAGUCCAACCACAGGCCAGUCCCGACCAGCACAGACCACUACAGAACACCACGGACCAGUACCAACCCCAGACCAACAGCGACCACCACACCCAAUCCCCCCAGCGCACCACCCACCCACCCAGCCAGCCCCAUCUCCUCACUCCGGCACCCAGCCAGCCCCAUCUCCUCACUCCACCACCCAGCCAGCCCCAUCUCCUCACUCCGGCACCCAGCCAGCCCCAUCUCCUCACUCCACCACCCAGCCAGCCCCAUCUCCUCACUCCGGCACCCAGCCAGCCCCAUCUCCUCACUCCGGCACCCAGCCAGCCCCAUCUCCUCACUCCGGCACCCAGCCAGCCCCAUCUCCUCACUCCAGCACCCAGCCAGCCCCAUCUCCUCACUCCGGCACCCAGCCAGCCCCAUCUCCUCACUCCAGCACCCAGCCAGCCCCAUCUCCUCACUCCGGCACCCAGCCAGCCCCAUCUCCUCACUCCGGCACCCAGCCAGCCCCAUCUCCUCACUCCACCACCCAGCCAGCCCCAUCUCCUCACUCCACCACCCAGCCAGCCCCAUCUCCUCACUCCACCACCCAGCCAGCCCCAUCUCCUCACUCCACCACCCAGCCAGCCCCAUCUCCUCACUCCGGCACCCAGCCAGCCCCAUCUCCUCACUCCACCACCCAGCCAGCCCCAUCUCCUCACUCCACCACCCAGCCAGCCCCAUCUCCUCACUCCGGCACCCAGCCAGCCCCAUCUCCUCACUCCACCACCCAGCCAGCCCCAUCUCCUCACUCCACCACCCAGCCAGCCCCAUCUCCUCACUCCAGCACCCAGCCAGCCCCAUCUCCUCACUCCAGCACCCAGCCAGCCCCAUCUCCUCACUCCAGCACCCAGCCAGCCCCAUCUCCUCACUCCAGCACCCAGCCAGCCCCAUCUCCUCACUCCACCACCCAGCCAGCCCCAUCUCCUCACUCCAGCACCCAGCCAGCCCCAUCUCCUCACUCCAGCACCCAGCCAGCCCCAUCUCCUCACUCCACCACCCAGCCAGCCCCAUCUCCUCACUCCACCACCCAGCAGGACCCAUCAACCCCCCCCCAGCCCCACAGCAGUAGCACCUCUCAACCCCCCCACCCAAUUUCCCCACCCUCCAUCCUAUCCACAGCAACACCCAAACCCAGCUCCCUCCGACCUGGCAGAACCCCUCAAUCUGCCCUCCCACUCUACCCAGCCUCCCUCCCUCCACCCACCCUACCUCCCUCCCAACACCCACCCAUUCCCAGCCGAAAACCCACCCAGUCCCAGCACACCACACAUCCACCAGCAGUGUCCCACCCCUCAACAGCAGCACCCAAGCCCCACUUCCCCUCAACCCAUCCUCCUGAUUGAUGGGGUUCCUGAAACUUUAAAUGCUUCUCCAGGAAUUGAAAAGAUCUGGUAUUCUGCACAGACCCUGUUCAGGAUUUGUGUAUCUGGAACUCACAAAUUGUCAUACACUGAUGUUCAGUUCCACUCCAAUAAAAUAGUCAUCAACAACUUUACCAUUUAGGUUGUAGUAUUUAGUUCAGUACAUUAUCUAGCAUAACAGAUAACUCUAAUAGUUUCAAUACAUGUUUUUUUCUGACAAUGUGUCUAUUACACACACUUCCUCUUUGUAUUCCACUAACAAUAAAUAACUUUGAACUGA